GAGUCUCACGCCCUGGCACUCCGGUAGACUUUUAAUCUAGUUAAUAAUCCAUUGAGGUUGCCCCAUCUCUCCAUCACAAUCCAUCAUCCUCUCUUCUUCCUUAACCACAUCCUUCAAAAACACACAAUGUCGGCCCCAGUAGGUGAUAUCGGCCUCAUCGGUCUCGCUGUCAUGGGUCAAAAUCUGAUCCUCAACAUGAAUGACAAAGGCUUUACUGUUGUUGCUUACAACCGUACUACCAGCAAAGUCGACGAUUUCCUCGCCAACGAGGCAAAAGGCACCAAGGUCCAGGGCGCACACUCCAUCCAGGAGCUCUGCGCUAAACUCAAGCGCCCUCGCAAGAUCAUCCUUCUGGUCAAGGCUGGUCCUGCUGUCGACAGCUUCAUUCAGCAACUCGAGCCCUACUUGGAGGAGGGCGACAUCGUCAUCGAUGGUGGCAACUCACACUACCCUGAUUCCAUCCGCCGCACCAAGGAGCUUGAGGCGAAGGGCCUCCUUUUCGUCGGCUCUGGUGUCUCUGGUGGUGAGGAGGGUGCUCGUCAUGGUCCCUCCCUCAUGCCUGGUGGUUCAAACGCUGCCUGGCCCGCCAUCAAAGAGAUCUUCCAGAAAACCGCCGCUCAGGUCAACGGUGAACCCUGCUGUGACUGGGUUGGAGAGACUGGUUCUGGUCACUACGUCAAGAUGGUUCACAAUGGUAUCGAAUACGGUGACAUGCAGCUGAUCGCCGAAGCCUACGAUAUCCUCAAACGUGGCCUUGGUGUCCACGAGAGUGAGAUAGCUGACAUCUUCACAACGUGGAACAAGGGUGUCCUUGACUCCUUCCUCAUUGAAAUUACUGCCAACAUUCUCAAAUUCAACGACGACGACGGUGUACCCCUCGUCACCAAAAUUCUUGACAAGGCUGGUCAGAAGGGUACCGGAAAAUGGACGGCAAUUGCUGCCCUAGACGCUGGCACUGCCGUCACGCUUAUCGGUGAGGCUGUGUUCGCACGUUGCUUGUCUGCUAUCAAGGACGAGCGCGUGCGCGCCAGCAAAGUUAUCAAUGGCCCCCAAAGGGAUGCCUUCCGCGGCGACAAGCAACAGUUCAUUGAUGACCUUGAACAGGCAUUGUAUGCCUCCAAGAUCAUCUCUUACACACAGGGCUUCAUGCUCAUGAGGGAGACCGCCAAGGAGUUGAACUGGAACUUGAACUACGCUGGUAUCGCUCGUAUGUGGCGAGGCGGAUGCAUCAUCAAGAGUGUGUUCCUUGGUGACAUCACUUCCGCUUACGAGAAGAACAAGGACCUCGAGUCUCUACUCUUCGAUGACUUCUUCAACAAGGCUGUCCACAAAGCACAACCCGGCUGGAGGCGUGUCAUCGCUCAGGCUUGCCUCUGGGGCAUUCCCACCCCCGCUUUCUCGACUGCCCUUGCUUUCUUCGAUGGUUACAGGAGUGAAGUGGUUCCUGCCAACCUCCUCCAGGCUCAGCGUGAUUACUUUGGUGCACACACCUUCCGUGUGGUGCCCGGUAAGGAGAACUCCCGCCUACCCAAGGGCGCUGACAUCCACAUCAACUGGACUGGCCGUGGAGGCAAUGUCUCUGCCAGCUCGUACUCCGCUUAAAGGGGAUAUGAAACACGUACGACCAACUUGUCUUGUCUCAAUAGAUUCUAUUCUGCGUUUCCUCAUCAAUUUUGUAUCCCAACUGUAUUUCGGGUGCACUAUUAAAUAAGUAUGAUACGUAUCAUGUUGUGGGAGCAUCAAAAUAAAUCAAUUACUGCCCUUCUAUAA